GACUGAAGCACGUGAUGUUGAAAGCGUAGCGGGGCUAUAGUGUAGCUGGUGGUUUCCCAUAGCGACGGCUGGCGUAAUUAUCCCGCUUUGCAUCGAAACUAAAUCCCCGAGACCCACUUGGCGCGGCCCGUGGGUUUGCUGUAGUGUCGCCCUCCGGCACCGAGGGGGUGUAGCCUGGAAGGGGCCAUACUGGAAGCGGGGCGAAGGGCAGCAGCUCUUGCCGAGGACGCAUCAUUCCUGCGCACGGCCACUUGUGACGAUGGCGACCGGCGAGAUUGAAGAAAAGCGAACGGUGGAGCUCAGUGGCCAUGUUGGCUUUGACAGUCUACCAGACCAGCUGGUUAGCAAAUCAGUUGCACAGGGAUUCAGCUUCAACAUCCUCUGCGUGGGUGAGACAGGGAUAGGCAAGUCAACGCUGAUGAACACGCUUUUCAAUACAACUUUUGAAAACGAGGAGGCCAGCCACUAUGAGCAGGACGUAAAGCUACGUCCAGAGACCUAUGAGCUGCAAGAGAGCAAUGUCAACCUGAAGCUGACCGUUGUGCACACAGUGGGGUUUGGAGAUCAGAUCAACAAAGAAGAAAGCUUCAAACCCAUCAUUGAUUACAUUGAUAAACAGUUCGAGAGCUAUCUUGAAGAGGAACUGAAAAUAAAAAGGUCCCUGUGGAACUACCACGACAGCAGAAUCCACGUCUGCCUGUACUUUAUUGCCCCCAAUGGACGUUCCCUGAAGUCUCUUGAUCUUGUCACAAUGAAGAAACUGGACAGCAAGGUUAACAUCAUCCCGGUCAUUGCAAAGGCAGACUGCAUAUCAAGACACGACCUGGACAAACUUAAGGUCAAGAUUAUGAGUGAGCUGGUCAGCAAUGGAGUGCAGAUAUAUCAGUUCCCUACAGAGGACGAGGCUGUUGCAGAGAUCAACUCUUCCAUGAAUACUCUUCUCCCCUUUGCUGUGGUCGGGAGCUCAGAAGAUGUCAAAGUAGGGAAUAAGAUGGUAAAAGCAAGGCAGUACCCCUGGGGAUCAGUGCAGGUGGAAAAUGAAAUCCACUGUGAUUUUGUCCAAUUGAGGGAGAUGCUGCUUCGUGUUAACAUGGAGGAUCUCCGGGAGCAGACGCACACUCAUCACUAUGAGCUGUACCGUCGCUGUAAGCUGGAGGAGAUGGGCUUCAAGGACAAAGGCCCGGACAGCAAGCCGUUCAGCCUUCAGGAGACGUAUGAAACUAAGAGAAAGGAGUUCUACAUAGAGCUGCAGCACAACGAAGAAUCCAUGAGACAGAUGUUUGUUAACAAAGUCAAGGAGACGGAAGCAGAGCUGAAAGAAAAAGAAAAAGAGCUUCAUGAGCGGUUUGAGCAGCUCAAGCGCAUGCACCAAGAUGAAAAGAAAAAUCUGGAAGAGAAAAGAAGAGAACUGGAGGAAGAGAUGAAUGCCUUCAAUAGAAGAAAGGUGGCGGCUGAAACACUGAUGGGACAGGCCCUCCAAGGAUGCUCACAGCAGCCAUUCAAGAAGGACAAGGACAAGAAGAACUUCUUUAGCCUUCCAUCUGCGUGUUCCUUAACCUCUGGAAGGCAUUUGAAUUAGAGGACUUUCUUCCACAUCAAACCUAACAGACUAACAAGUGUUUAUUUUUUACAAUGUUUAAUAAAGAUUUUAUAGGGAUUAAACAACCAUGGAGUUGAGUAAAAGUCUUCCACGUGAACUAAACUACCCACUAAUCUUCUAAGCAGUGCUCUGUAGCAUGGUCUCUGCAUGAAUGUCAUUCCUGCAAGUAUUAAAACAUCUCUUUUGCCAGAACCUGUGUCGGUAGCAAAUGUGCUGUUUUUCUGCAUUUUCCAUGUCAUGCCUGUAGUUUUUGACUGAUGGUAACUAACACUGUGAAAUAUAUACUAACGUGCUAUUGCUGUCAAAGAUUGUAAAGAUUGUACUCAUAGUUAAUUAUAUAAUUAUUUAGAAGCACUUUAAAUCGUUUCUAGUACAAUAUGCUAAUCCUAUUUGAAAUAAAUUGUGCCCUGUCAUCAUAAUGUUUCUGACCUUUAAAUUACUUCUAAAAGGUGUAGAUAGAAGUAUUACAUAGUUUAAACAGCAAAUAACAAUAUAUUCUGUAAGUCUGGAUGUGUGUGAGUAUAUAUAUAUAUAUUUAUUUAUAUAUAUAUAUGUUCAGGACUGAAUUGUAUAACGUCAUUAAAUCUACAUGGUGGACCCAGUGAAGAUUUGUAAGUGCUAAUGUAAUAAAAUGU